AUGGGUUUUGCUGGUGGGUACAGGGUUUCAGAAGAUGGAGAUGCUGUAAAUCCAUCUGAAAGGCGACCAUAUGGUGGACCUCGUGGAGGUGGAGAUUUCCGUGGUGGUCGUCGUGGCGGUUUCAGUAAUGGGGAGACUCUUGAUGGAUCUGGUCGUGGAAAUUGGGGGGCACGUUCGGCUGUGGCGGCGUCGUCACCCUGCUGCGGUUCGGCAGCCGUCACUCGCAGCAGCUUCAAAGCAACACUACUGCAAUUUGCAGCAGCAUUCCCUUCCCCUCCCUUGCCCCUUCCCCUCCCCUCCCCCUUACAGUGA